AUGCUUGUUGACAGGAAGUUACUGUUGAGUUUCCUCCAGUGCUGUGCUGCCUCUCAGAUCCAGCAAGGGGCACCAUCACCACCAACAGCAGUAUGGCUGCUCAGGUCUCUGCACUACAGGCUGGACUUCUCCUGCUCCUCCUCUGUGGACCUGUCAGCUCAGGACCAGGGGGAGGCUCUGUGUCUGACCACUGACCACUGCAGGGCCAUCAGCUCUGUUCUGAAGCAGAACCAACACAGCACCCAGCUGGUCCAGAACCAGGUCCAGCUCAUCCUAAGAGACUGUGAGGUGGAGGACAGAGCACUGAGAGAGCUGCUUCCCAUCCUGCAUAUUGUCAAGCUGAGCCCCAGCAAAGCUCUGCUACUUCAGCUGCUGGACCUUGUGUGUGAGGGGAUUGAAGAGGGGCUGCUGAGGCACACAGAGUCCCUGUGCAGAGCCCUGGAUGGGGAGCUGGACCUCAGUGAGACCAGGCUGGACCAGAAGGCCUGUGGAUCUCUGGCCCUGGUUCUGGAACACUCAGAGGGUCUGUCAGAACUGGACCUCAGCCACUGUCAACUCACAGACCACCACCUACAGCCCCUGAUCACACACCUGCAUAAAGUACAAGUCCUGGACCUGAGUCACAAUGACAUCACUGAUGCUCUGACUGACAGAAUACUCCAACUGGUCUCUACCAACACUUCAAUACACACCGUACGACUCUUCAACAACAGAAUCAUGAACAGCACCGCUUUCCUCACAGACAAGAGGUUUGAGAUUGGAAUAAACAUCAGGUCUUAGUCCAGGAAGAGGAAGAGAUGGCUGUUAGGUCUUGGUCCAGGAAGAGGAAGAGAUGGCUGUUAGGUCUUAGUCCAGGAAGAGGAAGACAUGGCUGUUAGGUCUUAGUCCAGGAAGAGGAAGAGAUGGCUGUUAGGUCUUAGUCCAGGAAGAGGAAGAGAUGGCUGUUAGGUCUUAGUCCAGGAAG